CGUGAUAAUUACGUGAAUACGUGAAUAUUCCUGCUCCUGCCAAACGCCCCAAGCAAAUUAACCAACACACAUCCUGCAACGCGUCUUUUACAUAACAAGCGGCAAAACAUGAACAAUCUGGCGGACUCUGUGGUAAUCGAUCCGGGCUUUGGUGGAGGCGACAAACAGCAACAGGCGGUGGCCACACAGCCGCAGGAUCCCAGCGUUGUGGUUCCCCCACCUGCCACCAAGCAAUCCUCAGCCCUGAAGAAGACAAGCCGGUAUCGUAGUCGCUCCCUGAGCGCCUCCUCCACGGACUCCUUCAGCUCGGCCUCGUACACGGGCAGCAGUGAGGACGGCGACGAUGUGCCGCCGCGCGAAAAGGUGCAAAAGAACUCCAAGGGUAGCUCCGACUUCUGUGUGCGCAACCUUGGCGCCCAGCAUGCGUUCGGUCGCCGUGAAAUCGAGAUUGCCGAGCAGGAGAUGCCGGGCAUCAUGGCGCUACGCAAACGUGCUGCCGAGGACAAACCGCUGAAGGAUGCCAAAAUAGUUGGCUGCACCCACAUCAAUGCCCAAACGGCGGUCCUCAUUGAGACACUGGCAGAGCUGGGCGCCAGCGUUCGCUGGGCCGCUUGCAACAUUUACUCCACCCAAAACGAAGUGGCCGCUGCACUGGCUGAAUCGGGUAUACCGAUUUUUGCCUGGCGCGGGGAGACGGAAGAGGAUUUCUGGUGGUGCAUUGAUCGUUGCGUCAACGCCGAGAACUGGCAGCCCAACAUGAUACUGGACGAUGGCGGAGAUGCCACCCAUCUGAUGCUCAAGAAGUAUCCAACCAUGUUCAAGCUGGUCAAGGGCAUUGUCGAGGAGAGCGUCACGGGUGUGCAUCGCCUUUAUCAGCUGUCCAAGGCGGGCAAACUGACGGUGCCAGCGAUGAAUGUCAACGAUUCGGUGACCAAGACCAAAUUUGAUAACUUGUACAGCUGCAAGGAGUCCAUUUUGGACAGUCUGAAGCGCUCCACAGAUGUCAUGUUUGGUGGCAAGCAGGUCGUUGUCUGUGGCUAUGGCGAUGUCGGCAAAGGCUGUGCCCAGGCGCUCAAGGGUCAGGGCUGUAUUGUGUACAUCACCGAAAUCGAUCCGAUUUGUGCGCUUCAAGCCAGCAUGGAUGGCUUCCGUGUGGUCAAGCUGAACGAGGUGAUCCGCAAUGUGGACAUUGUGGUGACGGCGACGGGCAACAAGAAUGUGGUGGUGCGCGAGCACAUGGAUAAAAUGAAGAGUGGCUGCAUUGUGUGCAACAUGGGCCAUUCCAAUACGGAGAUCGAUGUGAAUGGGCUGCGCACACCGGAUCUCACCUGGGAGAAGGUGCGCUCUCAGGUGGAUCACAUCAUUUGGCCGGAGGGCAAGUAUAUCAUAUUGCUCGCCGAGGGAAGGCUGGUCAACUUGAGCUGCUCCAGCAUACCCUCAUUCGCGGUCUCCAUUACAUCCGCCACGCAGGCGCUGGCGCUGAUUGAGCUCUUUAAUGCUCCACCCGGUCGCUACAAGUCCGAUGUCUAUCUGCUGCCCAAGAAGAUGGACGAGUAUGUGGCCAGCCUGCAUCUGCCCACAUUCGAUGCGCACCUGACGGAGCUGAGCGACGAGCAGGCCAAGUACAUGGGCCUCAACAAGGCCGGUCCUUUCAAGCCCAACUAUUAUCGCUAUUAAAGCGGCGACGACGGGACAAUAAAUGAACGCAAACAACAACAAUUAGAAGAACAACGCCAACGAAAGUAUUUCCAAUGCAAGAUAUAAAACUAUUUACGCGAGAGAUGAGCUUCUCACAAAUUGUUGACACAAAAGAAAAACAAAACAAAAAACAUGAGAAAACAAAACACGACAACACAAAGUUACUAUAAAAUUGUAUUGCUUAGUAAGCGAGACACGAGACACCAAAACAAAACAAAACAAAACAGAUCACAGAAGAAACAAGAAAAUCUGACGCUUUUUAGUUGCUAGCAUUUAACUAAUAACUAAUGUAUUUUUUGGCAGUUAUUUAAUAGCCGCAAAAGUAUUUAAUUUUUCGUCACAUUUUUGUCAUUUGCAAACACUACACACACACACACCCACACUCACACGCACACGCGACUAACGGUUUCGGUAGCUAACCAAACUUUCGCUUUGCUAACACACCCGCAGCCCCUCGCCGCCCCCCGCCGCCGCCCACAUUUGGUGUACUUAACUAGCGGCAUUUGAAUUUAUAAUAUAAAUUUAAUUAUAUUGAAAACGUUUUGUUGCCGUUGCAUGGAAUUUACUUAAAUAUUUACACCUAUUUGUACUUGUUUAAUCGUAUCUAUUUGUAUUCGUUUAUUUGCUUACUUUUUUUUUUAUACUAAAAGCAUGUUUCAUGUUUCCCUUUUUUAUUGUAAUUUUUGUAUCCUUAAUCCUUGAGCGUCGUUCACGAUGACAGUUAAUUGAAAUGCAGUGCAAAUAAUUCCAUUUAUUCAAUUAUUGAGGUACUUAUGUACACGCAGGCAUAUAUCAGAUAAAGAAUUCUAUAUAUACACGCAUAUACAUACAUAUUAUUAGAGAACUUUAUGUAUUAAAACAAAA